GUCCACGGCGGUGGAUUACGACACCGACGCCAUGGAGACGGCCGGUUUCCGGUACGUUCUGCACGUCAGCGUCACGGACCAGGCCACCGACGCCGCGGACAGGCUCACCAGCACUGCGACAGUCGUCGUGGCGGUGACGUCAACAAACGACAACGCGCCGACGUUCACAAGUUUUACGUCCUCAGUGGCGGUUGACGAAGACGCGCCCGUCGGCACCACGAUCCUGUCCGAGCUGAGCGCGACAGACGGAGACAAGGGCGCUGACGGGGCCGUCAGCUUCUCCAUCAUAGCUGCUACAGACGACGGAAGCGACAUUUUCCACGUCGACUCUUCGACCGGCGCCGUUUCCAUCAUGGGCAGCCUGGACUACGAGACGGUCUCCAGCUACGAACUGACGUUAAAGGCAGAAGACGGCGGCGACCCCAGUCAGUCCGCCACCUCCACGCUCACCGUCAAUGUCACCGACGUUAACGACAACCCGCCGGCGUUCACCCGGACUCUCUACACGGCCGCCGUGCAGGAAGGCGCCGCCGCGGGGACCAGUGUCGUCACGCUGGCGGUGUCAGACGCAGACUCGAGUAGCGCCGUCUCUUACGAGUUCGUCUCCGGGAACGACGCCGACAAGUUCCAGUUUGGCACGACUAACGCCAACGAUGUGGAACUCAAGAAUGUCAUAGAUCUGGACUCUGCCACUCCAGACGAGGGGGAGUACACUCUGGUUGUCAGGAUAACGGACGGAGGGACUCCGGUCCUCAGCAGCACCACCACAGUCUACGUCACCGUCACACCGACCAAUCAGCACGACCCUACCUUCACCGGUUCGGGUACAACUGCUGUUUCGAUUGAUGAAGAUGCCCUAAUUAGAACGACCGUUGCCACGGUGACGGCGACAGACGACGACUUCGGCACACAAGGAGAAAUCAGUUACUCCAUUAUCGACGUCAGUCCUACGUCACUCUCUAGCCACUUCCAUGUCGACUCCGCCAGCGGGGAGGUCCUGAUGACGUCACAGGUGGACUAUGACACCAUGGGUGUCACCAAGACGGCGACGCUAACAGUCCAGGCAGCAGACGGCGGCUCAGGCUCGGACCAGAGGAGCGCCAACACUACCGUGGAGGUCACCGUGAACGACGUGAACGACAACCGGCCUGUCUGCACCCCGAGUCUCUAUAGCGGCACACUGGCCGAGGACGCUGCGGACGGGACCGUGGUUGCGUCUUUAAACUGCUCGGAUGUGGACACGUCGACCACGUUGUCUUACAGCAUUACAGCGGGGAAUUCCGGACCGUCGUUCGAAGUCAGCUCAUCGGGAGUAGUUACCCUCGCCACAGGACACACAGCAGACUAUGAGUCCGCCACGACCUCCUACAGUCUAGUCGUGCAAGUCAGUGACGGCGUCCAUUCCGUCGAAGCCGCGGUGGCCGUCGACGUUCAGCCGGUCAACGAGCAUGAGCCGGCGUUCCCGGAGACCUCGUACAGCGUCGGUGUGGCGGAGAACGCCACUGCCGGGACAGCUGUCCUGCAGGUGGUGGCUACAGACCCAGACAACGGGACGGACGGUGUGCUAACCUACGCCAUCGCGUCGGGGAACGCUGACGGAAAGUUUGCUGUAGACGCAUCGACAGGAGAGAUUCAGGUCGCCGCCAUCUUGGACAGGGAGACGACUGCGUCAUACACCCUGGUCCUUACCGCACAAGAUGGCGGCGAGUCACCCAGACCCAGAACUGGCACCACGACCGUAACGGUGACCGUGACUGAUGUCAACGACCACAAACCGGUAUGCUCGUCGUCAUUCUACGCGGCGUCCAUAUCUGAAGGCACGGCGGCGGGUUCCACGGUAGUGACGGUGACGUGCACUGAUGAUGACGUUGGCGACAACGCAGCUGUUGCCUACGCCAUCACAUCCGGGAACUCGAAUGACAGCUUCGCUGUGAACCCUACGUCAGGUGACGUAACGGUGAAGAACAGUUUAGAUUUAGAAGAUGUUCGCGCCUUUACGUUGAUCGUAGAAGCUUCGGAUUCAGGGUCACAGGGUCAACUCACCGGAACGGCGACAGUUUGCGUCACGCUGACGAACGUGAACGAGUUCGCUCCGAACUUUACCGAAUCGUCCUACUCGUUUACCGUGAGUGAAAACGUCACAGUAGGAACCUCUGUCGGACAAGUGUCGGCGACUGACGGGGAUGUGAAUGAAGAAGAUGAUGUUAUGUUCUCCAUCGUGUCCGGAAACGACGAUGCCGUCUUUGGGAUCGAUUCCUUCACCGGCGUCAUUUCUACAGCAACCGCGUUAGACCGAGAGACCACAGGUUCAUACAUUAUUGAAGUACAGGCAAGAGAUGGCGGAGACUCUUUGGGAACCUAUCGAACGUCCACCACCACUGUUGACAUUACAGUAGAUGAUGUCAACGACAACACUCCUACGUUUGACCCCGCCGCAGUGUACACCACUGUUCCCGAGUCCACAGCGCCCGGCACGCCAAUAGCCCAACUGAACUGCUCCGACUCUGAUGCGGGAAUGAAUCAAGAACUGACAUACACCAUAUCCACCGGAAAUGACGCCGGCCUGUUCAACGUGUCGUCCGACGGUGUGGUCUCCAUUGCAGACGUUUUAGACUACGAGACGUCCACGGCUCACGUCCUGACGGUGGUAGCGACUGACGGCGGGACGUCGCCACAGCUGAGCGGCACGGCGACGGUGUACGUCCAGGUGACGCCAGUGAACGAACACGACCCAGUCUUCGACCCUACAUCACCGACAAACGUAUCUGUCGAUGAAGACUCUGCUGUUGGUACAACAAUCGCCAUCGUGUCAGCAACAGACGAGGACGUCAGUGCCGACGGUGAACUGACGUACAAACUCAUUGACACGAAUCCGGUCAGCAUUGCCGGGCAUUUCGGCAUUGACUCUAGCAGUGGUGUCAUCCAGAUGGCCUCACCCAUAGACUACGACACUAUGGGGUCCGACAAGGUGGUAACCCUGACAGUGCAGGCGGCAGACGCAGCCUCAGGUGCCGACCAGCGUAGCGCCAACACCACGGUGGACGUCACCGUCAACGACGUGAACGACAACACGCCAACAUGUGUGGAGAGACUGGUCAGUGUGGCCAUGGACGAGAACGCCGCUAGCGGGACAGUGGUUGCCUCCCUGAACUGUAGUGACGUGGACACGUCAGCGGCACUGUCCUAUAACGUCACUUCCGGAGACUCGGGCUCAUUUAACGUCAGCUCAUCGGGGGAAGUGUUCCUGACUUCCGGCAACACAGUAGAUUACGAGGGGAGUACCACCACGUACAUCCUGACCGUUGCCGUCAGUGACGGCGAGCAUUCUAUUGACGUCACCGUCACCAUCGACGUGCAGCCCGUCAACGAACACAACCCCGUGUUUACGUCAGAGUCGUACAACGUCAGCGCACAGGAGAACGUCACGGCGGGGACGGUUCUGCUGCAGGUGGCGGCCAGCGAUGCCGAUAGCGGGACGGACGGGGAGGUCACGUUUUCCAUCGUGGCAGGAAAAGGGGACGAAAAAUUUGCUGUAGACGCAGAGACCGGCGCCUUACAGACCGUCGCACCGCUGGAUAGAGAAAUGACGUCCUCCUACACACUCACCAUUGUCGCACAAGAUGGCGGCGUCUCUCCGACAAGGAGUGCCUCUACCACAGUCUUUGUGACGGUUUCGGACGUGAAUGACGUCACACCUGUCUGCUCCCCGUCGUUCUAUGUUGUCUCCGUAUCAGAGGGCGCUGACGUCAACUCCUCCGUUGCCAUGGUAACGUGUUCUGACGAUGACGUCGGCGAAAACGCGGAGUUGGCAUUCAGCAUAACAGCCGGCAACAGCAACGAGACGUUUGCAGUCAAUGAAACCUCUGGAAGGAUAACAAUUGCCAGAAAUCUUGACCUUGAGGUUACAAGCUUCUACGCUUUGGAAGUCCAAGUCAGCGACUCUGGUGCGCUACGCCUCAUGGGAACGGCGACCGUUUACGUCACCGUCACCAACGUCAACGACUUUGACCCGGCGUUCGGCGCAAGUUCUUACUCCUUCAACGUCAGCGAAGGUGAGCCAAUCGGGACGGAAGUGGGCCAAGUCGUGGCUAGUGACGAGGACAUGGACGAAGAGGGAGCUGUGACGUACUCGCUUCUAUCUGGCAAUGAUGGGACAGCGUUUGGUAUAGACCCGGUGUCUGGGGUCAUCUCCAUCGCAAAACACUUAGACAGAGAAGCUGUCACUUCGUGCAGGCUCGAAGUGUUAGCCACCGACGGCGGAGACUCUUUUGGGACGUGCCGAAAUGCAACUGUAUGGGUCAACAUCACGGUCGUCGACGAGAACGACAACCCACCGACCUUCGACACAGCCGCAACGUUCAUUUCCGUCCUCGAGUCUACACCGGUCGGAACGUCACUUCUGCAGCUCAACUGUACUGAUGCGGAUGUGGACGCCAACGGGGAGCUCUCAUACCUCAUAUCCGCCGGAAAUGACGAAGGUAUCUUUAACAUAUCGUCAGACGGAACAAUCUCCCUCGACAAGGAGGCCGACUUUGAGACGACGACGUCAUACAGCCUAGCAGUGGUUGCGACGGACGGCGGGACGCCAGGACUAAGCAGCACGGCGACUGUACAUGUACAGGUGACAGCAGUGAACGAACAUGACCCAGAGUUCACCCCUUCUACUCCAUCCAACGUUUCGAUUGACGAAGACGCCACAGUUGGGACAACAGUCGUGGUCGUGACAGCAACGGACGAUGACAAAGAGUUACAUGGGGACGUAUCCUACACUAUUACAGGUACGGAUCCUGGUCUUCUGACGGGGCAUUUCAGCAUCGACCCGCAGGACGGAGUGAUUCAGCUGGUUUCACAAUUAGACUACGACACUAUGGGCGAGUCUAAGGUGGUGAGGUUGACAGUUCAGGCCGUAGACGGAGGAUUCGGAGUUGACCAGAGAAGUACGUCUGUCACAGUCAAUGUUACAGUCAACAACGUCAACGACAACAUUCCCCAGUGUGAAGAUAACCUUCUAGUCGUGUGGAUUGACGAAGACGUGGAAAACGGAACGACGGUGGCGGCUCUGAAUUGCUCUGACGUCGAUUCGGGAACAAACCUGUCGUACAGUAUCGUCUCCGGAAACUUCGGACCGUCAUUCGAAAUAACCAAGGGUGGUACCAUAGUUGUUUUAGCAGGACACACCUUGGACUACGAGUCCAUCAACAAGACGUACUACCUGACGGUGGAAGUCAGCGAUGGCGACCACACAGUUGACGUCAACGUCGACGUUGCCAUACAGCCCGUGAACGAGAACACACCCUCCUUCCCAGCUGACUCCUACAACGUCAGCGUGGCCGAGAACGCUACCCUGGGGUACACCCUGCUGCAGGAGACUGCGACAGACACGGACGACGGAGCCGAUGGAGCGAUAUCUUACUCAAUCGCAUCCGGUAACGACGCAGGCAAAUUCGCCGUAGACGGAACAACAGGUACCUUGCGGACCGUUGGAGACCUUGACAGAGAGGAUACUCCCGAAUACGUGCUGGUUCUCCUGGCAGCAGACGAGGGACAAAACCCAGGUCCUCUGACCGGGUCGACGACGGUCUACGUCACCGUGACUGACGUUAACGACAACAACCCCGUGUGUUCGCCGGCCCUGUUGGCCCUGUCGGUCUCCGAGUGGGCGGCGGUAGGUUCUGCGGUGGGAAGCGUGAACUGCACUGACCAGGACGAGGGGGUCAACGCGGCGCUGUCACACACAAUCGUUUCAGGAAACACGAAUAACUCUUUUGCCGUGAACAGCACAACGGGAGGCAUAACAGUGGCAUUGGCACUAGAUCUAGAAGCGACGCCCACUUAUGUAUUGGAGCUCAUAGUCACAGACGGAGGAGACCCGAUGCUGACUGGCAGUGUGACAGUCCAUGUCAAGCUCACGGAUGACAACGACUUUGCACCCACCUUCACAGACGCGUCCUUCUCCUUCAACGUCUCCGAGGAUGCUGCCAUCGGUACAACACUGGGCAAAGUAUCGGCCACAGACGACGAUCUCUACGAGCGAAACAUCAUGUAUGCUGUCGUCAGCGGAGAUGACAGUAACGUCUUCCGCCUGGACCCAAACACAGGAACUCUGAGUCUCAAGGAAAACGUCGACCGAGAAACCACUGAGGUCUUUUCCUUGGUUGUCAUGGCAACAGACAGCGAGGACAGCUCUGGCGUCCAAUACAACGUUACGACCUUGGUGAACAUCACCGUGUUAGACGUGAACGACAACCCACCAGUGUUCGACCCUCAUGUCUACUACAUGUCCCUGCUGGAGUCCACCUUGGUUGGAGCUGCAGUCACACAGCUCACGUGUAUCGACAACGACGACGGGACCAACGCGGAAAUGACGUACCUCAUUUCCGCCGGAAAUGACGCAUCGAAAUUCAACGUGACGUACGACGGUGGAGAGAUUAUUCUACAGGACUCGUUGGACUACGAGACCAGCACAGAGUAUGUCCUGACGGCUACGGCAUCAGACGGCGGGACUCCGCCUCUGACGGGCACCGCCACGCUGUACGUGCAGGUCCUUGCAGUAAACGAACAUACACCAGAAAUCAUCACUCCUUCGGGAGGGUACGAUGUCGUCAUUUCCGAAGACGUCUCGAUAGGCACGUCGGUAAUCUCCGUGUCUGCCGUUGAUUCAGACUCGGGUCCCGACGGUACAGUCGUAUAUAGCAUCGAGGACGGAAACGCCGAGCAGAAAUUUGUCAUCGAUGAAGUUUCAGGAGAGAUAGCAGUCGCUUUGCCACUCGAUAGAGAAUCCACAGACUCCUACUUGCUUACCAUCAAAGCUAUGGACAGUCCGGCGAACUCGUCACAGGCGCUGAGCAAUUUUACAACAGUGAACAUCACCUUGAAAGACGUGAACGACAACAACCCGGUCUUAACGCCUUCUGUGUACACCACCUCCGUGUUGGAAGGUGCAGCGGUGGGUUCACAGCUAUUGCAGCUGACGGCAACCGACGCCGAUCUGGGAAACAGCAGCGUGUUGGAGUAUGCCAUCACCGCUGGCGACACAAACGGCACGUUCAACCUCAGCGGAAAUAUUCUGGUUCUCGCGUCUGGGUUGGACCAUUCUGUGCGAAGCUACUUCUCUCUGACCGUGACUGCGACCGACCUCGGCGUCCCUCCGCUGUCAUCUACAGCCAACGUCGUGGUGAACGUUCUGGCAGAGAACAACUACUCUCCGGUCUUCGAUAACGGUACGAACACCGUGUGGGUCUCCGAGGACGCCGCCGUGGGGACGCGGAUAUACAACGCCAGUGCCACCGACGCAGACGUCGGGGACGGUGGCGAACUGACGUACGUCGUGACAUCUGACGAAGACGAAUACGGAAUAACGUUUGUCAUAGACUCCGCAACCGGCGUUGUGACGCUAGGGUCUUAUCUCGACCGGGAAACACUUGAUGAGUACGUCCUUAACAUCACUGUGUACGACGGCGAAGUGAGCGACAGUGGCACCUUGACGGACGUCAUUAUCAUAACCGCCAUUGUCACAGACGUGAACGACAACAAACCAACGUUUACACAAGCAGUAUACACUGUCAACAUCGACGAAAACAUACCGGUUGGCUCAAACAUUACGACCGUUGUUGCAACUGACCCCGACUUGAACGGAAACGGAGAAGUGACGUAUUCAAUUGUUUCCGGUGACGGCAUGGCGUACUUUGACAUAAACUCUACCACGGGGCUGAUCUCCACCAGCGCAGACGUGGAUAGAGAGACUCUAGCACUCAACAACCUCGUCAUACAAGCGAUGGACGGCGGAAGUCCUGCCAAAUCAUCCCUCUGCAGAGUAAAGAUUUACCUCGACGAUUUGAACGACAACACCCCGACAUUCGUUCCUUUAGAAUACGCGUUGAGCGUGUUGGAAAACGUGGCGGUGGGAACCCUGGUGACCCCCGUACAAGCCUUGGACCCGGACGAGUCGACGAAUGCGCUGCUAACUUUCGCCAUCUUGGAAGGCGAUGACAACAACCAGUUCACCAUAGACUCUUCGACGGGAACAAUCCGAACUGCGGGCACCUUAGACAGAGAGGCAAUUGAGAGCUACACGCUGACCAUCACAGCAACCGACAGCGGCACCCCUACAAACCUGACCGGCAGCGGCACCGUCCUGGUCACCGUUCUGGACGUGAACGACAACCCGCCUGUCCUCACGCAGGCCAGCUACACCGCGUCCGUCAGCGAGGGCGUCUCCGCGGACACGUCGGUGGUCCAGGUCAUCGCUUCGGACGAGGAUGUCGACGAAAAUGCGGAGAUCACGUACAGCAUUACAUCCGCAAGCCAGGCCGGACAUUUUGAGAUCGACGCCGCCACGGGAGUUGUCCGGACUGUGCAAACCCUAGAUCGGGAGGCUAUAGACUCGUACACCCUCACUGUUCAAGCCGCAGACAACGGCGAUCCGUCUUUCACCAAUGACACUACAGUUACCAUUACUGUUGAAGACGAAAACGACAACACUCCGGUAUUCGACUCGAAUCUUUAUUCUUUUACACUGGACGAAAAUGUUGCCGGAGGUACGUCUGUCGGUGACGUCAGUGCAAGUGAUGACGACAUCAAUUCAAAUGCUGCAUUAACGUUCUCAAUCAUCACAGACGAUUCACAACACUUUGUGAUAAAUUCAAACACAGGGAGGAUAUCAACCGCCUCUAAGGCCAACAUCGACCGGGAGACCAUCGCAGACUACAGCAUCACUUGUAGAGUAGAGGACUCCGGGACGCCAUCUUUGUUCAGUGACGUCACAGUACAAAUCACCGUCUCUGACGUCAACGACAAUGCACCAAUCUUUAACAACAACGACACUUUGACGGCUGCUUUGGCAGAAAACGCUGAGCCAGGAAACACUGUUAUAAAGGUCUCUGCAACAGACCGCGAUGUAGGCACCAAUUCUGACAUAGUCUACACCAUAUCGUCUGAUCCAGCAAAGAACGGAGUAAAGGCCACGCGGUACUUCCGAAUCAGCGAAACCACCGGAGUGGUCACUUUCAGAGAGUCUGUCGACAGGGAGACCGAGCCGUUCAUCGACUUCGUCGUCAUAGCGACGGAUGCUGGGUCGCCAAGUCUGUCGUCUGAAACUGACGUCAACAUCACUAUUGCUGACGUCAACGACAACAAACCGGUGUUCACGCAGACGUUCUACAGUAUCGAACUCUCAACAGAUUACGACUCGUCCAAAGCAAUAGUGACUCUUACGGCGACUGACGAAGACGAAGGGACGAACGCGGAAAUAACGUUCAGCCUGACUGAAUCGUCAACGAACUUCAGAGUCGAUCCCACGUCAGGUGUCAUCACAAGACUAACGCUGUCGGCCGACACCAGAUACGUCAUUUACGUCAGCGCAAGUGAUGCUGGGAUACCUCCCUUGACGUCCUCCCCGGUCGCCACCGUUCGGAUCGACACCUUUGACCCCGUCACAACUCUCGUCAGCAUGGAGCUGACCAUGACCGUGGACGAGUUUCUCGCGAGACAAGGCGAGUUUUUGCGGGCCCUGCAGACGGCGAUCCAAUCGAACUGCGCGUCCUGCACAGUCGGAAUGUCCCACUAUGUUGAGAGGGAGGUGACGACGUCGGCACGAAGACGCAGAGAGUUGCUCCAGACGACAGCUUCGAACAUACCGAGUAACCACGUGACGGUGUACGUGUACGUAGAGACGUCCAACGCCACGACAGACUUCAUCACCGGCCUGGAUGAGGACAAGGCGUUCCUGCCGGCCUCCAGGGUGCUGGAGAUGCUCCGGGCUGACGACAGCGCGAUGCUGUCAGACUCCAGUCUGGCUGAUUUUGGCAUCACCUCCGUGGCGGAGUACCCCCAGGAGGAGACCACAGUGCUGUGGAUACAGACGGUGACGGGGAUCGUGGUGGUGUCCGUGGGGGCGGGGCUACUGGUCGUGCUGUUCGCUGUCAUAGCCUGCUGCUGUACGUUCAGAGGCAGGAAAAAGAGGAAACAUCCAAUCAAUAAGAAGUCUAAGUCUGGAGUGAGAGAAGGGUGGGAGAGAGACAGACCGACCAGCUCGAAGAAAAAAGGAGGACAUUCACAGGUUCUUCCUAUCCAUACGGGCAUAUCAAGAACCCCUCGGCGGCCAGCUGAUAUAGGACCGACUAGACCAGCAUAUGGAGAGAACCCCAGAAGACACGUCCCGCCAGAGACAACGUACGGGAGAAAUGUACAACAACAAGAAGAGGAUCGUGAUUGGGGUGAGCAGCCGGGCGGGCCCAAACCGUACACCGCACCACGCCACGAGACGGACCGGCGGGACCUGGCGCACCCUCCCCCGUACGGCGCGGUGGCCCAGCCCGCCAUGUCACAACACAGCACGGGAGAACCGCGGGAACCACGACUCGUGGCGCCUCUCAUCCCGAAUAAGCAGCAAGAACCCCAAUACGAGACCAAAAACCAGCCGUUACCUGUCCGCAGUUCUUUGAUGAGAGUCACGCCCAACCGACACUUCGACGGCAGGACCGUCGAUCCGAAAACAGGUAGAAUGUAUGAGUACAACACGACAACAGGCGAGAGAAGAUGGUUGUCCAAAGGAGAACAGAAGGAGAUCGAAAAACGUGCCCUCCACCCGCCUGGAUAUGUACCAUGACGUGAUCACCAUGUGUCAAACAACAUGAGAUUUAAGAAAAUCUAAUAUAUAUAUACAUGUAUAUAUGGACAAAUGAACAAAUUAGAUUGAAAAUAGAAAGGCACCGUGUUCAGAGAUCACACUGUCCUUUCAAGAAAAUGUUAUCAUAGCUGUCCACCCAAUGUUGUAGGAGAGCCUCCAUCAUUAAAACAAACACUUGUCAAUACAGG